AUUAAGGGAAGACAAGGACUCAAUCUCCAGCAUACAGAGUGGGCAGAGAGGGAUGGUGUGGGGAAGCGCCAUUGUCUGUGCUAACAGCCUUGCCCCUGCUGUGCCGUCUCUAUCUUCAUUAAAUGCCUUGGGAUCUGCAAAGAGGAGCCGCCUGCCCAAUGGUGCUUUUUAUCACUUGCUUCCUUUUCGCCUUAAAGAAGGCCGCUGCGAUUUCUGCCACCGUUAGUGAUGACAACAAGAUCACGGUGUCGCUCCAGCCACAAGACGUGACCAACGGAUCCUCCCUGUAUUACGUGAAGAUCACGCAGUCCAUUAACCUGACCAGCUACAAACUCCAGUUCGAAGACUUCAACCACACCCUCCCUCCUCCCGUGGUCUUCAACGCCUCCUACCAUGGCAUCUACUACUUGGUCACUCUCCUGACCGGAAGCUCAAAGUCAACCAUUAAGCCAGUGCACUUGGUUGCUGUGUUAACAAAACCACUUCCCGUCAACAGUGUAGCAAUCUACGACUUCAAACAAUCCCCGCAAACCGGGGUCCUCUUCGAUAUUCAGUAUCCGAAGCAAGCCACCAACUUUUUCUCAAGGUUAAAGAUAAGCUACUUUGAAGGCAGCCAUUAUCAAUCAUAUCUCCAUAAAGAUUUUCUGAAAGGCAAGUUAAUUUUCAACACUUGGAUACCGGGCACAUGUUACAGUAACAUCACAGUGCAACUGGUGGGAGAGGCUAAUGUUAAUAAAGUUCCACUAAUGGAGUACAGCGAUGUGGGGCAUGAACCGAAACAUCAUCGGACAGUUCCCUAUCCCCCGAGCAACGUGUCGAUGAAGAUAGUGUAUGGAAGAAGCCAGCCUAGUAGCGAGCAUCCUGCUGGACACGACCAGUCUUCCCUCAACUCCAACAGUACAGUGGCCGAGGGAAGUAGCGCCAUUGAUACCGAGAUCAACGAUCUUGCCACCACCAAACCGGUCAUGUGGGGAAGCCAUAGGUUGUCUGGAAAGCCAGCCGGCUGGGCACGGGAGCUGCAACCAGACAGUAAAGAGACCUCGGGCAGUGGGAGUGAUUACUUGGAUAUAAUGAAAGAGGAUUCACGGCGUAUUGUUUACACCAACACAGACACUCUGAGCUCUGUCGCCAACCUGGAGCCAGUUUGGCUUGUACUCGAGUGGUUGCCUCCAAAACCACCUACAACGUUCGAUGGCUUCAACAUUUAUAUCCAGAGGCAAGGGCAGGCUGCUGAUGUAUAUCGAGCGGAAAAUACCAGUUAUGUAUUUGAGCUGGAGCUCAGGGACUCGGGGAGGUACGAUGUGAACGUGACCACUGUCAGCUCUGUGGGUGCCUGUCGGACCAGAGAGGGCUCAUUCAAGAAACGCUUGACGUUCUACCUCAGUCCUUCUGGGAAAUGGUUUAAGGAGGUGACGGAAAGGCCCGGCAAUGUUGCGGUGAAGGUGAUGAACGCCAUGACGGCCCUCGUCUCCUGGACCCAGUCACCGGGCACCAGCUACGAUGGAGUCAUGUCGGUCGUAUCCCUCUCCUGUCGACACCAAGCAGAAGGGCAGAGAAUCGAAUCUCUUUACUGCUCGAAGGUGAACCUGAGUGGGAACAUCAUUGACAACCUGAUGCCUGGGGCACACUACCAGGUGACGGUCUACCUGAGGAAUGGCCCAUCUGUCGGACCCCCGUCUCGCCCCGUCACCUUUGGCUUGAACCCAUCGGGAGUGAAGAAGCUGCGGCUGUAUCCGCUGGGGCCGACGGCGGUGGUCCUGAGCUGGGGCAGACCUUACUCCGUGGUCUUCCGAAAGUACCUUGUGGAGAUGUACCACCACGACCCAAAGAACCAGAAGUCUAAGUGGAGAACCAUUCAAGAUAUUCCAUUCACAAGUGCCUUAUCAACCUCCAUGAUGGUGACGGAGCUACAACCCGCCUCUCGCUACGAGUUCCGCGUGACCAUGGUGUCGUGGGGAGAACCGGAACACAGCUGCUGUGACAGAACCGUGACCAGCUACGUAACAGCCCCGCUCGCUCCAGAGAUCACCUGGCUGGAGUAUUCCAAGGACGUUCUGUCGGUCAGCUGGAGGUACGGCCAUGCCACAACUGGGACAUCAGACUCAACGCUCCCGUACUGGCUGGUGAUGGCAGUCGGACGCAGGAUCAUCAAGAAAAGCGUGCCGCACAGUGUCAUGACCACUCUGCUCCGACUGCCUCCUGGGGACAUUUACAACAUCACUGUGGUGGCCUACACAGAAGGCAGCAGUAACGCCUCUGCACCACGAAUCAUUCAGCUCCAGCCUGCUUCACCCAAGUCGCUCUUCACUGUGAACAGAACGCGGUCAUCGGUGACACUGCUGUGGGUGGAGGAAGGAGUCACGGACCAUUACAAGGUCAUUUGUAGACAGGUUGGAUCACGCAAGGAAGGAGAGAAAGAAGAGGCCACUGUGUACACCCCUGUUGUCACGCUCUCUAAUCUUAUACCAUCGACUUCGUACAACUGUAGUGUGACCAGCGUCAGCUACGAACACUACAGCCCUCCAGUUUUCAUCACCGUCUCCACAGUUGCAGAGGUCAACUCGAACAUGGUGGUGAUCUCGGCCUUGGCGAUUCUGAGCAUCCUGCUGAUAGGACUGUUGUUGGCCACGCUCUUCAUCUUACGACGUAAACACUUACAACAUGCCAGGAAUUGCGGAGCGGGAAUAUUUGUCAACUUUGCCACCCUGGAUCGAGACGGGAAGUUGCCCUUUAACUGGCGUAGAAGUAUUUUUGCUGUUCUUGCACUGCUCCCGUCAUGCUUUUGGACGGACUAUCUUUUGGCCUUUGGUAUUAAUCCUUGGAAUAAAUAUGCCCUGAAGAAGAGGAAACUAGCCAACCCCGUAAAACUGGACGAUUUUGAAAUGUAUCUCAAGGAAAUGGCCAAAGACUCAGAUUACAAAUUCUCUCUGCAGUUCGAGGAUCUCAAGCUCAUCGGUCAGGACAUUCCCCACGACACGGCAGAGUUCCCAGUUAACCGCUGCAAGAACCGAUACACCAACAUACUGCCAUAUGACUUCAGCCGAGUGAAAUUAACCUCUCUACAGUGUGAUGAUGAGUCAGACUUCAUCAAUGCUAAUUACAUUCCUGGGUUUAACUCUGCCCAGGAGUACAUUGCGACACAAGGGCCGUUGGCAGAAACAAGAAGUGACUUCUGGAAGAUGAUAAUUCAGCAGAAAUCGGGCAUCGUUGUCAUGCUCACACGAUGCAAUGAGAGGAGACGGGUAAAAUGCGACCAUUAUUGGCCAUUUAACGAUCAGCCAGUCAGCUAUGGAGAUGUCACCGUAGAAAUGGUCUAUGAAUCGGAGCCGUUUGAUCAGUCCGAGGAGAACCUUCAGUCGGAGUGGAUCGUACGAGAAUUCAACGUCAGCUAUGUGGAUGAUGUUCGGAGAGUGAUCCACUAUAACUACAUGGCGUGGCCCGAUCAUGGUGUCCCCACAGCAGACACGACCGACACCAUCUUACAAUUCGUCCAGUUGGUCAGGCAACAAACAGCAGAAAGACCUGGUCCUAUAGUUGUCCACUGCAGUGCUGGAGUGGGAAGAACAGGAACCUUCAUAGCUCUCGAUCGUCUAAUGCAGCACAUCCAAGAACACGAGUAUGCGGAUGUUCUGGGCCUGGUGGCAGAAAUGCGAACUUACAGAACAUCAAUGGUACAGACAGAGGAGCAGUACAUUUUCAUUCACCGCUGUGUGCAACUGAUGUGGAAACGGAAAAAGAAACAGUACGUCAGCAGUGACGUGAUUUAUGAGAACUGUAGACCGUCGCAUUCAUGAGGCUUUCAGGAUUCACAAUCUUAAGAGGACUGUUCUUUUCCUGAGCUUCGAUCUGACCAGAGGACGCCUGCUGGCAAGGGAAAGAUUGAACAUGUCAAAGCAAGUUCUCUGGAACAAUGCCUUAAAAAGUACCUGUAGUGUCUUUGGACUGAUUCCACCAGUGAAAAUUCAGUGUGGGACCAAACUCAUUUGGAAAGAUUUGAAGUAGGUACAAGUGACAUCUUGCAUGAAGAAGAAAAGGAAGAAUGAAGCAUAUUGCAUUUCAUUGCUUGUGUUCUGUUAAUGCACCAGUUCCUCCCUCAAACUCCAUUUCCUGGAAUCUUCUAGCCUUUUUUAAUGACACAAGCCAAAAAAAAAGAAAACACUUUAAAUGAUACAAACUCAACUGUGAGGAAUUCAUGAAGAUGACAUAGAAAGAACAUUUGCAUUACAGGUAGAGAUGCGAAUAGGAGGGUUUGUCAGCCUUGGCAGAUCUGAUAGGUGUUCCUCAAUAAUGCACAGGCUGUUUAAUAUUGAUGUUGUGUGAUGCAUUGAUGUGUCUGGCAGUUUUUGUUGUGUCGCUGAUAAGCAAAAUUCACUUUCAAGUGGCAGAUUUAAUUGCAAAAACGAUUAGCUGUAAUUUUAAGCACGUUGCCAAAAGUUCCUGGCAGGAAAAGAGUGAAACAAAGACUUAGUGCACGGAAAUAUGGGGCUCUGCAUUUCUCAGCAGGCAAAGAGAAGAAAACCAAUUUAAACACACAUAGAUGUAAUUCCACCCCUUCUCCCCCUAAAAGGUACAACAAUGUAGUUUGGCUAGUAAUUGACAGUUCACACACCACCCCAAGAAAAAACAAAAUCAUCGCCAGGAGGCCUGAGCAAAAAUCUCACUUCAAGCAACAGCUGAAUCACAAGAGGAAACUUAGUUUAGUCUAUUGUCACGUGUACCGAGGUAUAGUGAAAAGCUUUUGUUGCGUGCUAACUCAAAUUACAACCAUUAAGAUGGAAGUAUUGGCUAGUGAGAAGUUGUGGAGCAGUUGCACUUUGUUAGGCCUAUUUAAAAAGACAUCAUUAAUAGAAUCUUUGAAAUAAAUACAAAUUCAUCGAAAAUGGUCAAGGGACUUAUUGGUAAAAUCAAACCUAUCACAGAACAUUAGGUUGAUUGAACAAGAUACACCAUGGAAACAGGCCUUUCCACCCACCCUGAUGCUCGAUCACCCGUUCUAGUUCAAUGUUACAGGGAGAACGUGCAAACUCCACUCAGGAUCGAACCUAGGUCUCUGGCACUGUGAGACAGCAUCUCCACUGUUAUUACACCAUAAAUGGUUAUCCUUAAACCCAUGAGGGCUAGGGUCCAAGAAGAUAUACAACAUAUUUUAUAAAUCUGAAUUGAAAACAAAAAUCUCAGCAGAUCAGGCACCUUCUGUGGAAUGAGAAAUGGAUGUAGUGUCUCGUUGACCUUUUAAACUAAAAAAAAUAAGGAACAACAGGUCCAGAAAGAAUGGUAAAUGUUUAAACUCCAAACUAAUUCCCCACAAAGUUUUGUUAAAUUAUUGCUACAUAAAGCCUUGCCCACACAGGCUUUAGAUUUGGAGUUAUUUAAGUUCUCAGUGAGGUAAAAGGGAAUAAUUCCUUCACAUCUGGUACGUAUUGUUGUUGGAGGAGCUGAUUAUCAAAGUAACAAGUGUCUAAAAAUUAGGAAGGCAAUCUUACCAGACCAAAUGAAACAUAAUACACUGGGUACAAAUGCAGAUUCAGGAAAAGGUGCAACACUUGUUCACUCAUUCAUCACUUUUGUACUAUUGGUAAGAAAUCAUAUUUGUACAUGAAAUCUCUGUAUUAUAUUGUUUCCCAAUUUUUUGGUGGCUUGCUGUAGUGUAGAUUUUCCAGCUUUGAAUUGUACCUGUACUUGGAAUGCACCAAUUGAUAAGACAACAUCUCCGUGAUAAUAAAUCACUAAUUUGCACUGUC